AUGGAAACUACUCAAUAUUCUACACCAACAGCACAAGAACAGCGUACUGAAGAACCAAUAACAACAACAACAACAACAACAACAACAAGUCGUCUGGCAGUUACAACUACUGAAUUACCACUACUCAAAGAAUCAUUGACACCAAGAGGGCCAUCGACAAGACGACAGCGACAAACAACAACAAGACAAAUCGAAAUUAUUGAUUUGGGAACACCAAUCAAAACACC